CGCCGGGCCUGGGGCCGUUCCUUCGGGUUGGUCCGGGCACCCGCCCCGCUGCCGCCACCCUGACCUUGGCAUCGGGACAGAGCGGGCGGCGCGGCGCGGCGCUGGGGAUGCCUUAAUGAGAACGUGCAGGGACCUCUUCUAGCGAGGGGAGAGGCGACCUCCUCCCCGCUAUCGGAAGAAAAAGAGGAUUUAAAGAGCGGCUUUGCCCCCUUUGUUGACUGCGAAGGGCAGAGGAGGACCGGCAAGAUGAGCACUAGCACAGUUCCCUACCAACAAAAUCCCUACACCGCCGGGAGCGGCUCCACCGUCAUCCAGUGCUACCGCUGCGGGGACACCUGCAAGGGCGAGGUGGUGCGUGUCCAGAGCAACCACUUCCACAUCCGCUGCUUCACCUGCCAAGUGUGCGGCUGCGACCUGGCCCAGUCGGGCUUCUUCUUUAAGAACCAGGAGUACAUCUGCACCCACGACUACCAGCAGCUCUACGGCACCCGCUGUGACAGCUGCGGGGACUUCAUCACCGGGGAGGUCAUCUCGGCGCUGGGCAGGACCUACCACCCCAAGUGCUUCGUCUGCAGCACCUGCAGGAAGCCGUUCCCCAUUGGGGACAAGGUGACGUUCAGCGGGAAGGACUGCGUCUGCCAGAACUGCUCCCAUUCGCUUAUCAGCACCAAACCCAUCAAGAUCCACGGGCCCAGCCACUGCGCAGGCUGCAAGGAGGAGAUCAAGCAGGGCCAGUCCCUCCUGGCACUGGAGAAGCAGUGGCACGUCAGCUGCUUCAAGUGCCAAACAUGCGGGAUCAUCCUCACCGGAGAGUACAUCAGCAAGGAUGGAGUCCCAUACUGCGAGUCUGACUACCAUGCGCAGUUUGGCAUCAAGUGUGAGACGUGCGACCGGUACAUCAGUGGCAGGGUCCUGGAGGCGGGUGGGAAGCACUACCACCCCACCUGUGCCCGCUGCGUGCGCUGCCACCAGAUGUUCACCGAAGGAGAGGAGAUGUACCUCACAGGCUCUGAAGUGUGGCAUCCCAUCUGCAAGCAGGCAGCCCGGGCAGAGAAGAAGCUGAAGCACAGAAGGACAUCAGAAACCUCAAUCUCGCCACCCGGCUCCAGCAUCGGCUCCCCCAACAGAGUCAUCUGCGCUAAAGUGGAUAAUGAGAUCCUUAAUUACAAAGACCUGGCAGCUCUUCCCAAGAUUAAAGCCAUCUACGAAGUGCAGCGUCCUGACCUCAUUUCGUACGAGCCCUAUCACAGAUACACGUCGGAUGAGACGCUGGAGAGAUAUAGCUAUGGGGAGUCCUUGGGGACCCUCUCCCCGUACUCGCAGGACAUCUAUGAGAGCUUUGACAUCCGGCAGAGGCGAGCCUCCAGCCCUGGCUACAUCGACUCCCCCACCUACAGCCGGCAGGGCAUGUCCCCCACCAUCCCGAGGUCCCCCCACCACUUCUACCGCUCAGGCACAGAGAGUGGGCGCAGCUCUCCCUACUAUAGCCAGUUAGAUGUGAGGUCUUCUACUCCAACCUCAUACCAAGCACCCAAGCAUUUCCACAUUCCAGCUGCUGGUGAGAGCAACAUCUACAGGAAACCUCCCAUCUACAAGCGGCAUGACAACGUCCCUGCAGCCACCAAAAGCAAAACCAGUGAGGACAUUGCACAGACAUCCAAGUACAGCCCUGCCUACUCCCCCGACCCCUACUACCACUCCGAGUCAGAGUACUGGUCCUUCCAGGGAUCCCCCAAAGCCCCCCGAGCCCGGCGGUUCUCAUCAGGAGGUGAAGAGGAUGGCUAUGAGCGGGGCAUGCACAAGAUCCAGAGCGGCAUCGGCAGGCUGAUCCUGAGGGAGGAGAUGAAGGCGCGCUCCAACUCCUACGCAGACCCCUGGACCCCGCCCCGCAGCUCUGCCAGCAGCAGAGAAGCCCUGCACACGGCUGGCUAUGAGGGCUCCCUCAACGGCUCCCCCCGGAUGCAUUACCUGGCUGACAGUGAUCCCCUCAUUUCCAAGUCAGCCUCUCUCCCUGCCUACAGGAGGAACGGGCUGCACAGGCCGCCCAGCGCGGAGCUUUUCCACUACGACAGCACCAACGCCGUCAACUGGGGGAUGCGAGAGUACAAGAUUUACCCCUAUGAGCUGCUGCUGGUGAAGACAAGGGGAAGGAACCAGCUGCCCAAGGAUGUGGACAGGACUCGGUUAGAGCGGCACCUCUCCCAGGAGGAGUUCUACCAGAUCUUUGGCAUGACCAUCGCCGAGUUCGACCGCCUGGCCCUCUGGAAGAGGAACGAGCUGAAGAAGCAGGCGCGGCUGUUUUAAAGGCAUUAUAAAUAUAUACAUACCUAUAAAUAUAUACAUAGAAAGAUCUCUAUAUUGCAGCUCUGUAUGAUUCUCAGUACUGUACGUGGCAGAGGCACCCUCUGCUCCCCUGAGAGUGAAUUGGAGUCUCACGGAUAAUUCUGUGCUCUUUGUUUCUUUUUCUUCUCGA